CGAUCGACCAGUGAACAAAUCAAGAAUCUUUGUAUAGUUCCAUCACAGAUGGAUGGGUCCGAGUGGUUUUUGCUGCUGCUGUUCCUAGUUUUGUUGGCUCGCUCUCAUGGCCAGAAUGACACUACUUCUUCUGAAAACCCAACAGAAGUGCGCAUAGUGAGCGAGCCAUUGACCAAGGUGGUGAGUCAUCAUGACCCGUGCACGUUCCGUCUCGAGUCUGCACUCGGAGGAAUCUCUACUCGGAGGUCUUCCUCUGGUUCUUCACACACGCUCGAUCUGUCAGGUUAUGCUCUGCACCAACCUCUAAGGACUGCUCCAUAUGAGAUGUACGUGACAGAUAUGAAGGUUAGGAUGCCCACGCACCCCAGCCACUGGGCUCGUAUAGACAACUGUCGCUACAACCCUAGCCAGGCUGUACUGCAGGCCAGACUGGUGUUCAAGGACUUGUCAGUGUCAGGAGCAGUGAAGCUGUACAAUGAGGCCGACACACUCCACAACCCCAAGAUAGCGACUCCUGCUGAAAGAUGUCAGAUGAUGGUGCGACUGCGCAAGGCUGGCAUCGGCUUCACUGUGGUACCACAGCAAAGGGAAGGCGGAGGUCUAUCUGUUAGUACAACAGCAACAUUCCUAGACCCUCAGUUUGUCAGUGUUCACGCUUAUGGAUGUGACAACCCAGACCUGCUUGAACGGAGACUUCAGGAUGAAGAUGAGCUGGAUAUGGGUAGAGAGAUGGAAGAUGUGUUUCUAAGAGGCAUUCAACCUUUGUUGACGACCUACCUGGAGAAACAGCUUCACCCUGCACUGCGCGACACACUGAUGAUCAACAUGGGCUACAGCGUCUCCUACGGGAGAUAA